CUCAGCGUUUUCCGCCGCCUGUGGUGCCAGUUGCUUUCGGAUCGCCUCUUGGGAAAGAGAGAAUGUAUCACUUGGUGUAUCGCGGCUCCGUCGUGGACACCCGUUUCUACGUUUGAAAUACUUUUUUUUUCCUCCGCGCUUUCUGUGUCUGUCGUCGCCGUCUUUGUCGCUUCUAGUGAGUUUUUAAUCAAGUUGGGGCUUAGAGUCAGUCCAAGCAAGCAAGCCAAGGAGCUCUAAACAGUGUCACCAGCGAGAAGCGCGACAGCAAUAUACGCGGGCAGCGUCAACGCGCGCGCAACAAGAAUAGCAAUAGCGGAGUGUCGUUUCGUGUCGUGUGGUAGACCGCAUAUUUAGGAGGAAACUAGUUUUCUUUCAUCGCGCGAGGGCUGCCUUUUACAUACUUUCGAACGUUUUUUUUUGCUUCCUUCGCAAGACACGAACGCUGUGUGGACAAAACGUUUCAGUGUUUAUCCCCUUGGCGCCUUGUACUACAUACCAAACGCGAACCAGAGACCCCGGAUUGGGUCGUGGCCUGAGGAAAAGCGCUUUUCAUCGAUCAUCAUCAAACGUGCUUGAAUGUGAAAAUGCUAGCAGCAGCAGUAGCAGUAGCAGUUGGAUCGCAGUCGUUGUUUACGUGAGCUGCACGCGCGUUCCUCUACGCUCUACGGAGGGAAGGAAAAACGGGCUACCGAUCCGCAUCCAGGCCAAUUUCUCACCAGGGAAAAUACAGGGCAACGCAAGCAAGUCGUCAGUCAAGUCAGUGUUUGCAGGAGGAAAAGUUUCGAUGACGGUGUGGUGAGUGCGCGAGAGCGGCUGUGAAAAACGCGAAGAUAUUCAGAUUCAGCAGUGCAAACCGUGGAGAAGUGUUUUGGGGGUUUGUGAGUGCGGGGUAGAGAUCCACGGAUUUGCUACUGGUGGCGAAGGAAAUGUAGGAUCUUGUGCGAAUCGCCAAGUGAACCGUGCGUGAGUGUGAGCGGGACUCCAUGGAGACAGCCAUGGAGAAGAAGUGCGCCUAGCCAACUAAGAGCAGUUUGUCGACUCGUCGCAGCAGGCCGUAUCAGUCCAAGGCAUUGUCACCUUCGUCGUAGCUGCCCGAGAGCAAGGUGAAAAUUGUCUGGCCAGUUCGAAGAGAAUCGAAUUGCACUGGGAAAAGGUUCUUCGAAGUGGUUCAGUGCAAAGUAGAAGAAAGUGGUUAAAGGCUGGUAUUAAGUGAGAAGAAGCUGGAAAACGGCUGGCAACCGCCAAGAAGAGGGAAAAGUGAAAGAAGCCGCGAAAUAGCUAAUAAGAAAGUGUUUGUGGAGCGAACGAGAGCCAAGUGAGUGCGUGAAAAAGAGGAAUACGCGAAGAAAAUAUAGGUUCCAAUCGAAGAUCGCGCGAGGGAACCGCAGAAAACAACGCAGCGCAAGAGUUCGAGACUUGGAAGCCGCGCACUGGAGAGGACGGAAUAAAUUAUGCCAAAAAGUUCCAGCGAUGCAGAUUUACCACUCGGCUGGGAGAUUAACACCGACUUUGAUGGGAAGGUUUAUUUUAUUGAUCAUAUUAACAAGAAGACCACAUGGAUCGAUCCUCGUGACAAACUCACCAAGCCAGAAACGUUUGCCGACUGUAUCGGAAAUGAGCUGCCAUUCGGGUGGGAGGAGGGCUAUGACCCUCAGAUCGGCACCUACUACAUCAACCACAACUCGCAGACGACCCAGCUCGAGGAUCCGCGCCUGGAGUGGAAGAGCAAGCAGGAGGAGAUGCUUCGCGAGUAUCUCUGCUCCGCACAGGACACACUGGAGGCAAAGAAGGAGAUCUUCAACGUGAAAACUCAGCGGCUGCACCUGGCCCAGGAGGAGUACAACCACCUGAACGCCCUGGCCGCCAGUCGGACUAGCUUAUGUUCUUCGACUAGUUCAUGUAGUACAAAGUUCGAUCCGGAGUUGCUUCGGGCGGACCUCGCCCUGGCCAAGGAGCGCGUGUUCCGGCUCAAGAAGGAACUGUCCCGGAUACAGAAGGAAAUGCAUAAUACUCAGAAAGGUGUCGACACUCUGUCGAGUGUCGAGCAAAAGCUGAACUCCCACAUCAAUGGCUGCUACAACAUAACCGAGGCGCAAGCCAUCCUGGAGGAGGUGAAGAUGAUUCAGAAAUCUCUGAUAACGGGCGAGAAGGAGAAGAAAGAACUGAUGAAGAGUCUGGCGCAGGUCAAGGACGAUCUGACGCGGUUACAGCUGCGGCAGGAGAGUCCCGACGCCUCAACCUUCAACCUGGCGCAGGACCGAGUUUGCGCGGCCUCGCAGACCGACCUGUGCUCGGACAGCUUUCCCAUGGGAGCGCGGGAGAUGGCCAAGAUGCGCCAGCGGUACGACGAGUGGCGAAGGCGAGUCAAGGAAAUACAGGAACAGCUGGCAGCACUAGAGGAGAAGAUCCGACCCGGCGAGGUCGAGUCCGACCAGGACCGGUUACUGCUCUUCCAGGAGAAGAAGCAACUUCUGCUGGAGUAUCGCAGCAUAACGCCCAAGUCCCGGUCGCAAACCGAGAUGAAGCGAAUACAGAGCGUCUGCAAGAAGCUGGAAGCCGAUCUGAACAUGGCGUACGAAGAGUCCAACCAAUGCAUAGCAACCCGGUUGAAGCUUCACGAGGAGAAGCAAGCCCUACUGCAGAAGCUGCUGGAAGCGCUCAAGGAGUUCACCCACCUGGAAAACCAGCUCAAAUCCCUAUCCGCCAGCACCCUCUCCAUCAGCAGCAGCUCCAGUUUGGGCUCCCUGUCCACCGCGAGCAGCAAGGGAUCACUCAGUGGGCUCAGCUUUACCGACAUCUACGGAGACCCGCUCUCCACGGAACCCCAAAUCGACAUGGUCGACAUCAACCGUCAUGUACAGCGGUUAUUCCACCCCAGUUCGGAAGUCUCAUUAUCUCCGCGUAGCAGCCUAUCCCAAGAAACUCCACCUGCCUCUCCGAUGAAGAUGGAAUGGAACGGCGGCGAACCGUCGUCCAGCAAGAGUUCCGCUCCGUUCAACAUUCCCGGGUCGAGCUACAACUCCGAGUACAACCUGGACAACCAGCGGCUGGAAGAGAAGAUCCGACAACUCGCCAUUGCCCCACUCUCGCCAAUCUACGAGAAACCUUCGUACCUUGACAUCCCACCGGCCGUCAUCCUGAGCCGGUCGUCUUCCACGUCCAACACGCGGUCCGUGUCGACCACCGUGAGCGACGAGUCCGUAGCCGGCGACUCGGGUGUUUUCGAGGCGUCCCGAGCGCUACUCGCCAACAAGGACUGCGCCCAGAUUCAGAUCAGCAUUCGGUACACCAUUGCCGACUGCACCCUGCGCAUAGCGAUCGAGAGGGGACGGAACUUGACGGCCCUCUGCAUACCGGACGGCUGUCAGCUGUUCGUACGGGCCAUUCUCCUGCCCGGCACGGCGUCCAACUUCAUCCGAACGAACGCCGUGACGGACUUUGUGAAGCCGGUCUUCCAAACGUCGCUCCUGGCGCAGAUGCCGCUGGACAAGGUGUUCAUGAAGUCGUUGCACGUGAAGGUAAUGAUCACUAUUGGACAGAGGGAGGACUGGGUGGGCAGCACGCAGAUCAGUCUGGCGGAGUUCAACCCAACGGACGGCAGCAGCAAGUGGUAUAAUAUUAUUAGCCGGAAGUCGAUGAACGAGAUGGACGGACUGGAGGGAUGCUCCGGGUUGGGUAUUAAGGAGGAAUCCUCGGACGAAUCGACGAUUAUCUCGUCACAGACGUCGACGCUGACGCGCAACCAAGGCCAGGAUGAACUGCAGGCAGUGCUGGAAAUGGUGUACGACGACGAUCUGGGUGGGGAUGAGGAGGAUGAUGAGGACGACGAGGAUGAGGAAGAUGAAGAGGUGGAGGUGGAGGCGGAGAUUGACGAGGAGGCAGCGAAUCAAGCGGCGACGCAGCUGAUGCUGGAGGAGUACAUGAAUAGCGUGAAGGGCACGAUCGCCACGGAUGAUGACGAGGCGGCGGAAGCGAUCGCAGUGGCAGUGGAGAAAGUCGACAAGGAAACCAAUACGGAGUGUGCCUUCUUGCCGGAGAAGGGCCGCCGGCGGUUGCGUGACCCGGCGCGCAACAGUAACGGCACGAUCGACGAGAACGCCGUCAUUGACGAUCGGCUCGUGAAGCGGUCGCAGACUUUCUCGCCAAGUGCCGUCGCCAGCAAGGCUCGCUACAUCUGUCGGUUGAACCGAAGCGACUCGGACUCAGCCAUGCACUUCAACAACCCGGUGACACCGCAUCCGUUCAAGCGGGGGGCCGUCGAGCGAAGGUCCCUGCGGUAUCACAGCCGUACUCCCAAGGUGUAUCACAAAAUGCACCCAGCCGUACCACGCACCAGUCUGGAUCUGGAGCUGGACCUGAAGGCGCAGCAAACCAAGCUGGAAACGCUGACGGACGAGAUCGGCCGGUUGCGGGACCUGAAGAAGCGCCUGGAGCUGGCCCGGGACAACAACGACGUCAAGGUGGCGACCUGGGCCCUGGAGAACGAAGACUUCCUCAAGCUGAUCAAGAACGCGGGCAGUGCGACCACGCCGGAGGAGAAGCACAUGGCCAAACUGCUGCACAAAACCUCCAAGGAGAUCUACAAGCUGCGAAAAACCAAAGCCGGCAAAGGGAAGCUGGAUCUGAUUUCGUUCAAGGAAAAGAUGGCCUUCUUCACCCGCCGUGGAGUCUCGGUGCCGGAGCUCCCAGCGGACAUCCUGCAGCAGGACGAUAGCGAAGAGCUGUCGUCCAGUGCGUGCAAUUCCCCGAGCAAACCGGUCGAACCGAGCGGGGAACCGUCCGGCUCCACCAGCCGCGGUUGCCAGUUUUCCUACGACGACGUCGAUCGAACCUACGGAGUGCAGGUGUAACAAUUCGACACCUGCUACCCAACAAACAAUUCGGAACAUGACAAAUGUUGGCGCGAUGCGUCAGCACUCACACAAACACACACACAAACCAGAAACAGGCUGGAAACAGAACACAUACAAAUCAGAACACACAAACCUUUUCUUGUAAGGGGGAUAGAUUGGCCACAAAACAGGGGUUUUCGAUUAACUUUUAGUAGGAUGAGGACGAAGGAUUUAGGAGAAGCCAAACUCUGCGCUUUGUUCUGCGAACCAAAGCUCUACGUGCAUUUACGAGAUAAGAUUAUGUUUUAGAAAAAAGAAGAAGGAGGAGAGAUGGUAAAGAAGAUACACGGCGAAAUAGCCUACGAUUCUAGGCUAGGGACAGUCACCUAGUACUGCGCUACUUCUGCUACUACUACAACUACUUCUAGUACUGUCUGUAUAGAAUUUUUUUUAACGCUGGGAUAGGAGUUGUCCGAAUCGUUGCGGCGACGAGGAUGGCCCCGGAGGGGGGCAUGGGAUUAGGAGCGAGGGACUGUUUUUAUUUUAUCUCCGAUGAAGCUUGCGAUUUUAGCCAGUGAGAGCGAGAGGAGUACGAGGGAGCGGUGAGUGAGCGGGAUAGCUAUAGGGGGUAGUGUGAGAAGGGUAGGGAUAUAUGAAUGUUAUUUUCGUGACUGACUGAGAGACCGGUGGAGUCAAGGUGGAAUGUGCAAUAACUUUGUAAAUAUAUUUAAAAAAUGGAACAGCAGAAUGGGUGCGGUUGGGAGGAUGUGUGCGAUAGGGAAGUUUAUAGGAAGAGGUAUAUUUUAAAUUAGCACGUGAGAAAGAGAUAGGGAAUAGAGCGAUGUUCUAUGUUUUCCGAGAGAGCGGUUCUGGUACGAGUAGAGAAGGUUCGUUUGAAGGGUAGUGCAGGAACAACAACAAAUAUCCUAAAAAAUGUUCGAAGCACCCCGAAAGGUACAAUUAAGAAUAUCCCCGAGGGGUUUUUUUUUAAAUUACCCCGACAGGUUCCUCCAAAAAUUCAUUCAGGAUAUUCCUCCUAAGGUUGUAACAUAAACAUGAUUCCAGGGAUGUCUUGCCGGAAUUCUUCGAGGACCUUUUCGAGGUUUCUGCUUAGGUUUUCCCGAGAGUUUCUUCUACGAGCUCACUCGAUAGGUUACUCUAGAAAUAUCCCCGGAAAUUUAUUCCAUUUAUUCUCCUGAGGGAUACCUUCAAGAGAUGCCGUAAGGUUCAUCCAACAAUCUAUGUAGCCCCCAAAGAAGUGUUUCUAGAAAUAAGGAUGAAACUUGAACGUAUUUAUAGGGGAGCUCUUUCACAUCGAAUUCAUCCAAAGGACGACAGAAGGAAUUCUCGAGAAAACUAUUCGAAGACAGCUCUUGGGAAUGUCCUUGAGGCAUUUUCCACAUAAAUUUACCUGAAGAAUUUCCUCCGGGAGAACCCUCGAAAGAAGUUUUCCAUGAAUAUUCUUCGAUCCUUUGAGUAGUUUUCUCAAGUGAUUACGAGACUCGUCGAAUAUUUUCCUUUAUUGUUUAGGAUUUUUUUUAUCAAAAUUUUUCAAUCCACGAAGCACCCCGAAAGGUACAAUCAAGAAUAUCCCCGAGAGGGUUUUAUAGAAAUUACUCGUAGAGGUUCUUUCAGAAAUUAAUUCAAGACAUUGCUCUAAAGAUUUCAGCGGAAAAUUUUCGUGAAAAUUCUCCUCAGCAAUUCCUCUAAGAAAUGUAAAGCUUCUCUCCAAAAUACUCUCGGGAGAUAGUCCCAUUUAAAAUCUCGUUAAAAAGAUAGAAAAAAAUAAAAAAAAUCCCCCUCAUGGGCUCUUUUAGGAUUGCCCCUAGAGGUUUUUCUCGGAUAUCCCGUGGAGGGUUGUUUCUAAGAUUCUCUCCUUAAAACAUUUUCUAAAAGUUUUCUUUUAGAAAUGCUUCUAACCAAAUCUUUAAGAAAUUCGUCCGAGAGUUUCUUCAGAAUGAUUCCUUUGAAAGUAUCCCAUGGAGUUCUACGAUAAAGGAUUUAAACAGCUUUAUCCAAGUCAUUCAUUUAGAGUUUCCUACAAGAGGCUCCUAGAAGAGUUCCCAAGGGGGGUUUAUCUAAGAAUUUUCUUGAAGGAUUCCUUCAAGAUUCAUUCAUACUUUGUCUCCCGAGAGGUAAUUAUAGCAUCCCCUAUGGGGGUGUUACACGAAUUCCCUCGAUGGAUUCCCCUUAGAACCCUAUGAAGAAAUUUCAUUAACAAUUCUUCUAAUGGUCAGAUAUGCCACAGGAAUUUCAUCAGGAGCUGCAUAAAUUAUCCUUGAGGGAUUGUGAAAUUAAUCCUUAGAAAUUUACGCUCAGUGGUCCCUUUAGUACCCUGAAAGGUACAACUAAGAAUAUCCCCGAAGGGGUUUUAUAGAAAUUACCCCGAAAGGGCCCUCCAUAAAUUCAAUCAAGACAUUCUUCCAAAGAUUGUAGUGAAAAAUUCUUCGUAAAUAUGCUUUCAGGGGUGUCUUGCUGGAAUUCUUCGAUAACUCCUUCAAGGUUAUUUUUUUAAAUUUCCCAGAGAGGUUCAUUUAGGAGUUCACUCGACUGAUAAUUCGACUGAUUCUCCCUAAGGUUUUCAGAAGUUCUCCUGAGGUAUUCUUCGAAGAAAUACCAUAGAUGGAUCAUCGAGUGGUGUCUCCGAAAAUUUAGAUGGAACUUGAAUAUGUUUAUAGGGUAGCCCUUUCACAACAUGAUCAUGCAAAGGACGACUCCAGUAAUUUACACGAAGGAAUUAAUUUUCUCAAUAAUUCACUCCAAAGGUUACAUUGAAUUCUAUCAGAGUUUUUUUUUCGUAGCAUUUCUCCAAAGGAUUCCUCCAUCGGUUCAAGGCUUUUUCCAGAAAUGCUCUCGGAAGAUUCCCUCAGGAAAUGCUACAAGGUUCCCCUAAGGCGUUCUUCUGAAAAUCCCAGGAACCCCUGGGGGAUUUUCCAACAACUUUCAACAUAUUUGGUGAAUUCUUCUGAGAGACUGUUGGAAAAAAUCUGUGAAGAGGCUCUUCUAUCAAUCGUUCUGGUUCAUUCUUAAAAAGUAUUCUUCAAAAGGUAUCACCCAACUAUUGCCUCGAGAAAUUUCUUCAACCAAUAUUUAAACGUGUUCGUCAAGGUAUACCCGCAUACUAUUAACCAGAAACUAAUGUAACAAUAAUACAAGUAGGGUAAACUUCUAGGAAUCCUUUUGAAGGAUUUCUCUGAACUAUCUCUGCAAAACUUUUUCAUCGAUCGUUUUGAAGCCUUCAGAAAUUCUCUUGAGCAAUUUUAUAGAGUUUCUUUCCAAAAUAUUCUCGGGGAAUUCCUAAUAAAAUCUUCCCGAGGGGCUUCUUCAGGAUUCUCAUGGAUAUCAUGUGAAGGAUUGUGUCUGAGAAUUUUGAGAAAAUAUUCCAUGAAGGUACUCAAAGUGUUAUUAGAAUUCUAUCGGAGAUUUUUUUUUUUUGAGAAUUUCCCCGAAGAAUUCCUCUAUCGAUUGGAAGGUUUCCUCCAGAAUUUACCUUAAAAGAUUGAAGAAUUCUUCCGACGGUUGCCUGAAACCUUUUCCAACAAUUUCUCCCAUUCUUCUGAGGAACUGUUUGAGAAAAUCUGUGGAGGAUAUACUUCUAGGAAUCGGUUUUGAAGGAUUUUGUUUAGAAAUGUAUCUGAAACCCUGUUCCAUCAAUUUUUUCUAAAGUUUCCUCCAGAAAUAGUCCUGUGCAAUAUCUCUAGAUAGUGUCAUAAAAUUCAUUCAGCUGAUAUUCCUGAAAAAUCUCCCCGAGGGGCUUCUUCGAGAUUUUCCCGAGAGAGACACCUCUUUGAUAUCCUGUGAAGGAUUGUUUCCAAGAAAAUUUGGAGGUGCUUCAAAUAUUCUACGUAAAUUUCUCUGGAAUUCCAUCCAAAGAAUACCACCAGCUUCGAAAAUUUCCACCAAAAAAAUGGACUUCUCCCAGAACUCAACGGAAUUCCUUUAAAAAAUCCCGCCGAGGGGCUCCUUAAGAUUUCCCCGAGAGGUUUGCCUCGAAUGUCCUAAGGAAGAUUGUUUCUAGGAGAAUUCUGAGGUGCCUCAAAGAGUGUAUCACCGUAGGACAGCGCCAGCUUUGAAAAAUUCCACUAAGAAUGUAUAAAAUGUACUUCUCCAAAAAUUCAACAGAAUUCCUUCAAAAAGACCCUAGCCCCCCUUAAGGUUUCCCCGAGAGGUUUCUCUUGGUAGUCCUAUGGAGGAUUGUUUCUAGAAAAGUUUUGAGGUGCCUCAGAAAACUACGAAAACUUCUUUUGGAAUUCGCCCUGGAGUAUGCCACCAAAGGAUACAAUCAGCAUUGGAAAUUUACACCAAGAAUUUAUAAAAAUAGACUUCUUCCAGGAUUCAACAGAAUCCCUUUAAAAAACCCCCUUAGGUUCUCCCCUAGAGGUAUUUCUUGGAAAUCCUAUGGAGGAUUGUUUCUAGGAAAACUCAAAGGUGCCUCAAAAUCUCUACGAAAACAUCUCUGAGAAUUCUCUUAAGAGUAUGCCAUAAAAGAAUGCAACAAGUUUCAAAAAUUUCCACCAAGAAUUUAUGAAAUGCACUUCUCCAAGAAUUCAACGGAAUUGCUUUGAAAAAUCCCCCCGAGGGGCUCCUUAAGAUUCCUCCAAGAAGUUUCUCUCGGAUAUCUUUUGGAGGUUUGUUUUUAGGAAAGUUCUGAGGUGCCUCAAAUUCUCUACGAAAAUUACCACCAGAUUUGAAAAUUUCCACAAAGAAUUUAUAAAAUGGACUUCUCCAAGCAUUCAGCAGAAUUCUUUUGAAAAAUACCCCCGAGGGGCUACUUUGGGAUUUCCCCGAGAGGUUUCUCUUGGAUACCUAUUGAAGGCUUGUUUCUAGGAUGUUUCUGGGAAUUUGCUAAGGAGUAUGCCUACAAGCAUACAACAAGGAUACUACAAGCUUUUAUCCCAAAAGCUGUGCCCAUAAACUUGUUUGGAGAUUUUCAUGAAAAAUUUCAAAAAAAAUCCUUAGAAUGCUUUACAAAGAUUCCGGAAAUUUUCUCGAAAGGUUUUCCAGGGGUUCAUCUGACUGGCUCCUUCAAAAACUUUCUCAAUGCAUUCCUUUAGAGGAA